AUGGUGCCUCCAUCGCCAAAAAAAACAUCGCUGUCUCAACUUCCUACCGAGAUCAAAUUACUUGUCAUUAAAUAUCUUGCACUUCAGACCAAGAAAGACCGGCGUGGUGGCGGAGUUGAUGAGAUAGCGACCCCGCGGCUGAAUCUUGCCUUCGUAAAUCGGUCAUUUUAUCAACUGUGCAGUGCGAUAAAUUGGAAACUGAUCAGCGUGCUGCACAAGGAGGGGGCCCGUCUCGACCAGCUCAUUGAUGAAAUCUUGCCUCGUCAAGCACAGCACGUGCGAGCGCUUGUUCUCGGACUCGACACCGUCGCCGGUAGGAACACGGAAACAUUGGACACCUUAACCGGCACACUUCCUCGGGUAAAAUUAAUCAACAUUUUGAACCUUUGCACCAGUUUGGCUGGACUCCAAAUACACCUCGAUACUUAUGAGGGCAAGUUUGACACGAUGAGCACUCCCUUACCCAACCCAAUUCCCACAUCAAUUCAUCCGGUUGCUCAGCUUUCCAACUUGACCUACUUUUAUCUGGAUGACAACACGCCGGGCACGGGGGAGGAAGGUUGCUUUAGAGAAGAGUACUUGAUCAAUUUGAUAAGGAAUAUGAUACAUCUAGUUCAUUUUCGUAUUAAAGGACACUCCGCGUCCUCUCCGACCUGCAAUCUCUACCAGCAUGGAAAUCAUAUACAGCCGGUCCUGUCUCCGCUAGCCGUUCAUCUAGCUUCGCUCAACUCGCUUAAAAUUAUCGACCUCACACUCUCGAGUUGUUUCAAUUCGAGCUGGAGUAAAAUUAACUGGAAAGGGGCACUCGAAGGAAUCGUACUACACAGAAUCCCUCAGCUUUCUUUUGGUAUCCUGCAUGAUUUUUGCAGCCUCUUCAAAGAGAGUUUGGUUUCUCUCUCCCUUUGUGACUGUCCUAUCAGCAUUGAUGGCAAUGGAGAAUAUACCUCCCUAGACGAAUCGGAGCAGAACUACGUCUUUUACUUGCCUAAGCUAGAGAAGCUGUCUGUUUUCACGCCCUAUUCGACUGAAUUUAUUUACCUGUUCCGAGAGUGUUACAACAUUACCAAGAUCAACCUUGUUGCCAAUCGCCAAAUUCAGCCUUCUGAUAUUAAACGCUUAAUCGACCACGAUGAUCCGGUCUGGACUCACUUGAAAUCACUUGUAGUUCAAGUUGUUCAAGUUGAUAAGGGCGAAUACAGGCCUAAAAAAAUUACGGAUUUAGUUGCUUAUGGUUCAAAAGUCGGUAUAAAGGUGGAAUGUGCGCACCAUUCAAGACAUCUGAAUCGGCUGUUCAUGGAUUAUCAAAUGAGAAUAAGAGAUAAUCGUCUAUGGAGACCUGUCCAGUCUAGCGAAAACGAAAUUGAAGAGUGA